UUUACUGAAGUAAAUGAUAAAAAAAGAUUCGAUUUAGAAAAAGAAGCUAGAAUUUAUAAGAGAUUAUCAGUUAUUCAAGGUGUUUAUAUUCCAAGAUUAAAAUAUAAUGGUAUCACUUUAAAAGGUGAAAAAUAUGUUCUUGCUACUGAUCAUAUUAUUCAAACUUCAAGAUUAUCUCGAAUUCAUAAAGAGGCUGCUUUAACUACUAUUAAAGCUAUUCAUAGUCUCGGUAUUAUUCAAAAUGAUAUUCAAGAAUCUAAUUUUAUCGUGGGUCGUAAUCAUAAUAAUGAUAAUGUUAAUGAUGAACGCGUUUUCAUUAUUGA